AUGGGGCUGUGCUCAGAAAAUGAAUCUGCUUCCCAGACCACUGACUGCACUUAUUUAAGAGAGCGAUGCCUGAGUGGUGAGAAUGGAUGUGAACACAAAUGGAGAAGAAUGGAAGAUGCUUGCCAUGUUUCAGGUAACCCCUGCAAGAUGAAGGAUUCAUCAGGCUGUAACCUGGGCAUCCAAUCCUUAGUGGAAAGCAAUUUCCAAUUUCAAGCUUGUCUCUGCACUGAUGACCUCUAUUGCACUGUUAAUAAACUGCUUGGAAAAAAAUGCAUCAAUGAAUCAGAUAACAAGAGAGAGGAUAAUAAAUUCAAGUGGAAUCUAACUACUCUUCCCUAUCAUGAAAUGAAAGGGAUCCGGUCCUGUUUGGAAGUGGCAGAGAUGUGUGUAGGGGAUGUGGUCUGUAAUGCACAGUUGGCCCCUUACCUUAAAGCUUGCUCAGCAAAUGGAAAUCUGUGUGAUGUGAAACACUGCCAAGCCGCCAUACGGUUCUUCUAUCAAAAUAUGCCUUUUAAUAUUGCCCAGAUGUUGGCUUUUUGUGACUGUGCUCCAUCUGAUAUACCUUGUCAGCAGUCCAAAGAAGCUCUUCACAGCAAGCCAUGUGCAGUGAACAUAGUUCCACCCCCGACUUGCCUCAAUGUAAUUCACAGCUGCCGAAAUGAUGAAUUAUGCAGGAGGCACUAUAGAACAUUUCAGUCCAAAUGCUGGCAGCAUGUGACUGCAAAGUGCCAUGAAGAUGAGGCUUGCAUGAGUAUGUUGGGCAAGGAGGACCUCACUUGCUCAGGAAGUGAUGACUGCAAAGCAGCUUAUAUCAGUACCCUUGGGACAGUCCUUCAAGUGCAGUGCACCUGUAGGUCCAUUACACAAAGUGAAGAACCUGUGUGCAAGAUUUUCCAGCAUAUGCUUGAUAGAAGUUCAUGUUUCAAUUAUUCGACUCUGUCCAAUGUCAAAGGCAUUGCAUUGCAUAAAAGUAAACAUACAGAGGAAAUAACUCUAAGUGGAUUUCAUUCCCCCUUCAACGGAGAAGUAAUGUAUGCUGUCAUGUGCGUGACAGUCAUCUGUGGAAUCCUUCUCAUGGUUGUGAUCAAGCUGAGGUAA